AUGCUCUAUCAAAAUCCAAUCUUUUACAAACGGGCCUUCCACAGGGAGCUGUCACAAGCUGCACUCGGGCCUUCCAUAGGAUCCAAUCUUUUACAAACAGGCCUUCCACAGGGAGCUGUCCCAGCCUUACAAACAGGCCUUCCACAGGGAGCUGUCACAAGCUGCAUACAGGCCUUCCACAGGGAGCUGUCACAAGCUGCACUCUUUUUUCCACAGGGAGCUGUCACAACCUGCACUCUUUUCAAUGUUGACAGGGAGCUGUCACAAGCUGCACUCUUUUCAAUGGUAUUACGUGAAAACUUUAUGCAGAUGAUCUUGUUCUAUGGUAUUCCGCCCCUAUUUUCUCAGAUGAUCUGGUACUAUGGUAUUCCGCCCCUAAGGAAAUUUGUUCUGUGGUAUUCCGCCCCUAAGAAGAACGCUCAGGAACGAAGAGAAAGUGUCCUAAAUUGUGCUUUUAAACUACUAGCAAACUGGUGCGACAACAAUGGAAUGGUAAUCAACACCGCGAAAACUGCAUUCCAAACUUUUUCUUUGGCCCGUCACCGCAUAAACUCGCUUCUAAGGUACAAGGAUACUACCCAAGAAAAAACCAAUGAGUUCACUUAUCUCGGAAUGACGUUUGAAAACCAAUGA